CGAAGAAAAGCUCCUGGAAACAUUUACUUUUUCGCUUUUCUUCCAUCAUAUCUACGACACGAGUGAUGAUGUCAACGAAGUAACGAUAUCAGUUGACACUAAAAUAAUGAUCAUAUUUAAUAAAUUUUUGUUGUUACUGUUCUUAUUGGUUUUAACCAAAAAUUUUGUGUCGCUGAUAUAAAUAUCUUCGAACACAUUCAAUUAUUUGCCAGUACAACUUGAAUUUGAAAAGGUGAAACAUUCAGAUAGAUAUUUUCCGCUAAAGGAAGCCGAAACCGCAAAGAGAGCAUAAACGAAGCAGCCAAAGAAAGAGAGGAGAAAAAUGAAAUUGCUAACAAUUUUUCUAAUUUUUUAUGUCGCACAUCGUGGGGCCUCAGAAGAUAAUUCGGCUUUGACGGAUCCCGUAGCCGAGGACAAUGAAGAUGUGUUGUGGCAUGUCCUCUACUCAAAGUUGAAUUUGAUAAUGAACGUUACGGAUAUGAUGAGCCACACUGUGUAUGAUUUACAACAAAGGCAACGCGAACAGGAGGAUCGUACCAUGAAUUUAAUGGAGACCCUCAAUGCAAAUGCCAAAAAGUACAUGGAUGAACAAUUCAUGGAGUUGGCAGAGAGACAGAGCACCCAGGAUUCCAAACUAUCGCAUCUGGUUGAAAAAAUAGAUGAUUACUUUUCUGAAACCAGCAAAAGAUUUGAUGAGCUGGCCUCAAGGCAAGACAGCCAGGAGAACCUAAUUGUGAACAUAUCAAAUCAAACCCAAGCCUGGACAACAGUUUUACGGCGCCAAGACGGCUCUGUUGAUUUCUAUCGUAAAUGGGCCGAUUACAAGGCCGGGUUUGGUAAUCCACCGGAAGGGGAAUUCUUUAUUGGUCUGGAUAAUCUACAUGAACUCACGUCCCGUGAACCCAUGGAACUUUUGGUGGUUAUGCGUGAAUGGGGUGGUGAUAUGGUCCAUGCCCAUUAUGAUCUCUUCCGGGUGGGUAGUGAAGAGGAGAAAUAUGCCAUUAAAGUUGUGGGCAAUUAUAGCGGUGAUGCCGGCGAUGGCAUGGAAUAUCAUCUUGGCAUGCCAUUCUCAACAUAUGAUCAGGAUAAUGAUGACUCGACGCGAAAUUGUGCCAGCUAUUUUAGAGGUGCAUGGUGGUUUAAAUCGUGCUAUGCAAGUCAUCUGUGUGGACCCUAUCGUUUUGAGGCCAAUGCCAAUCAGGCUGGUGUGAGUUGGGACAAAUGGAAGGUAGAUUACUCCUUUAAGAUUGCUGAAAUGAAAGUGAGGCCAAAACUUGUUUGGACAACAAAUGGUUUUAACGAACCAGAAAUGGAGCAAAAUCCAUAA